CACUGAUAAACCAUUUUGCACCCAAAUGGGCCUCAUUUUCUUACUGGGGUAUGUUGUCAAGGCUGUACUUAGCAGUACUUCACAGCAAUGAGAACUGUGGACGGCCCCAGCUGGAAACAAAAGAGGGUGACAAGGUCUUCAAACUUCGCUUCAAGAAGUUCAAGAAGGCUUGCACUGUGCAAGAGGUAGUGGGAGACUGUACAUUUGACUAUGUGACUGUCCUUAUGGAGGAAACCAUCAGGAUCUGUGAUGCUGGUGAGGAAGCACAUCUUGUUCAACCGCCACCAACACUGGCCAGUGCUUUUGACAGACCAGAGAAGGAAGCUGCAGUGGAUGCGCACAGAACACGGUUUGGCAGAAAUGAUGACUAAGGAAACAGUUAGACCCUAAUUCCCUUUGACUCCAGUGAAUUAAUCUAAAGGUGGAUAUUUGAAUCCUGUAUACUGUGCUGACGGGAAGGUCUCUCUAAUCUUCUUGACCGCACAGGCAGGGUUGAUAACUCUUAUCCUGGCUCCUAGCCACCCCCAACACCACCUCACCAACUGUCGGUACGCAACGUAUCUGUAUCUCCUAAAUGAAACAAGUUUAACUUUGUUAUAGAAUACAUGCAGUGAAGUUACUGUUCCCCAUCUGUGGUCGUCUUUAGUAAGAUGAAGUGCUGCUAACGCAGUGGACUACUAUACAAUUAGCAACCACUUCUAAUGUUAACACUGAACCGUUUAAAGUACUGUGUUGAAAUGUGCAGGCUGCUAAUAGAUGAACAGAGUACUAGUAAUAGAAUGGUGGAUUUCUAUAGGUUAUUUUGUUAAUGAUCAUAUGAACAAUGUCAUUGUCAUCCCUGUCAUAGAAACUGUACACUGGUUACCUAUGAAGCAAUGUAAACAAAUGUUCUAUAGGAUUAUCAACAUUUGUACAUGAUACAUAAUGUUAUAUGUACAUGUUUUUGACUGCUGAUGUUACUUCCAAUGUUAACACUGAACUUCUUGAAAUACUGUAUAAAAUAUAGAGGCUGCUAAAUAUGUUAUUGCCGGUUAAUGUCUGAGUAAUACAGUAAUAAAGUAUAAAGAGUAAAAGAGUAUUAUUGAUAAUCUAGAGUAGAUGGUGAGUCUUGUGAGUCUAUGAGUAUGGUGGAUAUCUAUAGAUUAGUAUCAAUUCAAUGUAACGCCCUUCGUAGAAACAGUAUACCGAUUGUCUGUACAUACAAGUUCCUUAUCAACAUUUGUAUAUGUAUAUAAGUUUGUUUCAAGAAUUGUUAACAAACAUUUCCUGACUGGUCAGCUUUAUGAUUCGGUUGUUAUAAUAAAGCUUUUCAUCACUUGACAAAUGAUGACAUGGCAUGCAUGUACAGUACAAUAAAAUCAAUUGGCUGAUGAACAACAAA